UAGCCAUGUGAAACCAGGGCCUUCUGGAGGAAUUCCACACACCCUCCCCACCCUGUAAGGAAGAUUGCCAAUCCGGAAACAAGGAGCAAAGUCCUAAAGCAGAAGGAGGGGAGACUGGUUGACGCAAAAGCUGGGCAGAGAAAAAAACCAGUGCCCCAGCAGGAGCACCACCUGGAGCUGGUGCCAUGGACGUCCUGGUCUUGCUCCUGCAGCUGCUCAUGCUGCUCCUGACACUGCCCCUGCACCUGAUGGCUCUGCUGGGCUUCUGGCAGCCCCUGUGCAAAAGCUACUUCCCCUACCUGAUGGCCAUGCUGGCUGACAAUGCCAACCGCAAGAUGGAGAGCAAGAAACGGGAGCUCUUCGGCCAGAUAAAGGAGCUGAUGAGAACCUCUGGGAAGGUGGCCCUGCUGGACCUGGGCUGCGGCACUGGUGCCAACUUCCAGUUCUAUCCUCCUGGCUGCAGGGUCACCUGCCUGGACCCAAACCCCCACUUUGAGAAGUUCCUGACAAAGAGCAUGGCUGAGAACAGGCACCUCCGAUAUGAGCGGUUUGUGGUGGCUCCUGGCGAGGACAUGAAACAAGUGGCUGAUGGCUCCAUGGACGUGGUGGUCUGCACUCUGGUGCUGUGCUCUGUGCAGAGCCCAAAGAGGGUCCUGCAGGAAGUCCAGAGAGUGCUGAGGCCGGGAGGAGUGCUGUUCUUCUGGGAGCAUGUGGCUUAUCCUCGAGGAAGCUGGGCCUUCAUGUGGCAGCAGGUUUUUGAGCCCACCUGGAAACACAUUGGGGACGGCUGUUGCCUCACCAGAGAGACCUGGAAGGACCUGGAGGACGCCCAGUUCUCUGAGAUCCAAAUGGAACGACAGCCCCCUCCCCUCAAAUGGUUACCUGUUGGGCCCCACAUCAUGGGGAAGGCUGUGAAAUAAGCUUCCCCAGGUGGUCAUCUGCUCCCCUACCCCGUCCCCAGUCAGAACAAGCCGUCCACAGCCAAAUCUGUCUUCUGCUGAGAGGGAUCUGGUCAAGAAUGAGAGCAGCCGCUCCCACCACCAUCCUCCCCUAGCUCCUCUCUCCCGCCUCUGCCCUAGGGGAACCUCUAGCUCCAAGAAAAGACCUAUUCCUACCCUGACCAAAGGGAGGACGUCAUUUUACCCUGUCAUCCCUUAACUGAAAAUUCCAAGACUUCACCCACCCACCUCCUAGGACCGCUCCCAUGCCGUCCCCUUGUCCCCAAGGUAAAGUUCCCCUGCACUCCUUAGGCUACUCUGAUGUGCCCCUUAGACUCCUCUGAUGUUCCUGCAACCCUGCCAGGCUACCUAAGCCUCCCUCCCCACUACUGCCUCUGUCCUGAGCUGUGGGGGUGCCAGAGAGAAGGGGAAACCCUGGGGACGAGGGAGCAGUACUUAGCAAAAAGGCCAGAGGUUUUGUCUUCAAAUAUUUUUUAAUAAAUAAACAAAAUCCACUAGA